GUAAUAAAUAAGCAGCAGCAACUUCAUGUGAAUGCAGUCGUACUGAUACGGACUUCUUCUGACUUUCACAGAUCCAAGGAAUAUUUAACAGAAUGGACUUAAUGGAAAUUGAUGACGACGUAUAUAUAGAUAGGCACCGCUCAAUGGAAGGCCUCGUCACCAAAGUGGAUUUCCAGAGGAGAAAGCAGCCGUCUAGAUGUGUGUCUGUGUGUCUUGGGUUACUGUGUGCCGUCCUGCUGGCUGGAAACAUCGGGCAAUUUAUUUACUAUGAGAUAUUCAGCCAUCCAGCGUCAGGAGACCCAAUGCAGUCCGGAUACGUUCAAGAUCGACCGCAGAGCAGUGAUAAUAAUUCAGCUGCAGAGAGGAAACAGUUAGAGACCAGACUGACUAACCUGACUACAGAAAAAGACCAGCUUCACCAGAGCUACGAUUCUGUGACUGCUGAAAGAGAUGAGCUCAAGGUCAGUUUCAACAAAGUGGGAAACGAACGGGACAUGUUACGAGCAGCUACAGAGCAGCUACAGAGCAAUUACAGUGACCUGCAGAGAGAAAAGGAAGAGUUACAGACUGAGUUUAGCACGCUGAGAUCAAACAGAGAUCAGCUACAGAGCACUUACACUUCACUGAAGACGAACCACGACCAGAUGCAACUUAGUUACAGUUCUGUGACUGCUGAGAGAGAUGAGUUCAAGGCCAGUUUCAACAAUCUGCAAACAGAAAAGGACCAGUUACAAGUAAGUUACAACAUCUUAAAACAAAAGGGCGAUCAGUUUCAGACCAAUCAAAAUGAUCUGACACACCAGCUACAGACCAACUACAGUCGCCUGCAAAGGGAAAAGGAUGAGCUGCAGACUGAGCUCAUUACGCUGACAGCAAACACAGAUGAGCUACAGAGCAAUUACACUUCACUGAAGAAGAUCCAGGACCAGUUGCAGAGAAGCUACAAUAUACAAAGUAUGAGUAAAAAUCUCCUUCAGGUCAGCUCCGAUUUACUGAGGAAAGACAAACAGCAAUUGCAGACCAGGUAUAACACUCUGCAGAGGGAACAGCAGCAGCUAACCAUCAAACAGAAUAUCUUGCAGAGAGAAAAAGACGAGUUACAGCAUUCAUUUAGUACACUGAGAGCAACCAGAGAUCAGUUACAGAGCAAUUACACUUCACUGAAGACCAACCACGACCAGUUGCAAAGCAGUUACAACUCUGUGGCUGCUGACAGAGAUGAGUUCAAAGCCCGUUUUAAUCUGAAAAAAGAGAGCGAUCAGUUCCGGACUAUUCAGAAUAACCAGACAGCAAGUGAAGAGCAGCUGAAGCGCGAUUACAGUCGCCUCCAAAGAGACAAGGAUGAGUUGCAGAUUUUGUUUGUAACGUUGACAGCAAACAGGGAUCAGCUACAGAGCAAUUACUCUUUAGUGAUGAGGAACCAGGACCAGUUGCAAAAUAACUACGCUAAAUCCUACAAUACAGAACGGAAAUACGUAGAACAAUUGGAAACCAGGUUUAAAUCUCUGCAGAGGGAACACAGUCAGCUGGAAAGCAAUCACAGUGUCCUGCGGAGAGAAAAGGGUGAGCUGCAGAAGAAGAUCGACAAAAUAAGAGCGCGGCCCUGUCAGACCGGCUGGAGCAAGUUCGACAUCAGCUGUUACUUUGUCUCAUCGGUUUUUAAAAACUGGACGUUAAGCAGACAAGAGUGCAUCGAAGAGGGAGCGGACCUGGUGGUCAUAGAUAGCCUGGAGGAACAGGAAUUUCUCAAUAUGUUAAUGCACAAAGGCCAAAAUGUCUGGAUUGGUCUGACUGACAGUCUGCAGGAGGGGACUUGGAUGUGGGUGGAUGGGAGCAACGUCACCACAAAGUUCUGGCAGCCCGGGCAGCCCAACAGCUACAACAGGAACCAAGACUGUGGAGAAAAUAUUCAGAAGACCCCAGGAGUCGGACAGUGGAACGAUGACGGAUGUUUCGCUGUACAGAACUGGAUCUGUGAGAAAUAACAAGGAUCUACACAGUUAGUAUUAGGGUGGCUUUGGACUCUGAACCUAAUAUACAUCUUUAAUUCAUUGAUUCUACUUUAAAACGUAUUUGUUUAUUAUCAUGAACAGGGACACUGAAGUCAUUGUCACCUAAACUGUCUGCUAAUAUGGGUUAACUCACUAGAACAUCAAUUAUGUAUUAAUCUGCAUCUGAAAAUAGUCCCAUGCAAAUUAUUCCUUUCUCCAGUUUGAGGAUCAUUUACCAGAAACCUUUCACAGCUGUUUGAGGAAAUAAUCAAGCCUUUUUCAGAAAUUAGUUAUAUUAUUAUAUAUUUGUGGACAACUUUUAGAGGUUUUACUCCUCAGUGUGGUAACCACACUUAGACAUAGACAUACACGACAUACUAUAAUAAUAAUAGUAAACUGGCAGGGGUGUCAAACUCAAUUUCAUCGCAGGCUACAUUAGCAUUAUGGUUGCACUCAAAGGGCCGGUUGUAACUUUAAGACUAUAUAAAUAUAUAAAAUAAUGUAUUAUAUUACAUGAUUACCUCUGCAUUGGAUUAUUAUCGGAUAGGGUAAUAACUACGUCUGAAAGCAGAAGUCUGGGCCAAAUAAUAGCAAGUCUCUUCAGUGCCCAUGUCACAAAAUGAGAUGCAUUGUGGGACAUGUAGUUUAUUGGCAACGUGCUUCUGUAAAGCGGCAUGUAACCGUAUAAUAAACGUAUUAUAUUUUUUGCAAGCUCUUGCGGGGCCACAUAAAAUGAAGCCGCGGUCCAGAUUUGGCCCCCGGGCCUUGAGUUUGACACCCCUGUCUUAAAGGGUUGGUUCAAUGUAUGUAUUUCGUUAUCUUGCUAUGUAGAUUAUUUCAUUUAUUUGCAGAUUGUUUAAUGUUAAUCAGAGAUUGUGCCAAUUUACAGCCAAUUUAAUAUUAAGUUUUGAUGACUUUGAUUCAGAUCAUUCAUAAUCAUUUCAUACGAUUACCAGAUGAUUAGUGUUUUAUACAAUGCAUUAAAAAUUAAUUGGCUGUAGAAAAACUGAUUUUGCCAUCAAAGUCUAUUCUACUAUAUUAUUCUAUAGCCUUUGGCAUAGCUUUAGAUAUGUUUGCAAAUGAACAUCUGUGUGAUUCAUGAAUAUAUAUAAGCAUGAAAUUAAUGUAUAUGACAAAUAAUGUAUGUUACAAAGCACAUACAUACACCAUUUGCAUAUGGUAUGAAUAAUUUACUGCAUUUCUGUGUAAUGAUUAAAUGAACUCUCCUCCCCUUCUCCCAAAUAAAUUCACUGUUGUGUUUGAUGUGUGUGUUAAUUAAUCUGAUAAUUAAUUAUUAAAGAUACGUUUUCCUCGCUU